AUGUGUGGCAUCUACUGCUGCUACAACCGCAAGGAGGGCGACGUCGCCGCCUUCCGCCCCCGUGCCAUCGCAUGCUCCAAGAAGCAGCGUCACCGUGGCCCCGACUGGUCGGGCUGCUACAUGGCCAAGGACUCGCUCCUCGUCCACGAGCGUCUCGCCAUUGUUGGUGUUGACACCGGUGCCCAGCCCCUCGUCUCGGACGAUGAGCAGGUCAUCCUCGCCGUCAACGGUGAGAUCUACAACCACCUCGACCUCCGCAAGAGCCUCAAGAACCCUCCCCAGUUCAAGACCCACUCGGACUGUGAGGUGAUCAUGUACCUCUACAAGGAGCACGGCACCGACAUGUGCAACAUGCUCGACGGCAUGUUCUCGUUCGUCCUCCUCGACACCUCGGUCACCCCCUCGCGCCUCGUUGCCGCCCGUGACCCCAUUGGUAUCACCACUUUGUACAUGGGCUGGCACUCGUCGGCUCCCGAGACUCUGUACUUUGCCUCGGAGCUCAAGUGCAUUGAGGAGGAGUGUGACAACCUCCAGGCCUUCCCUCCCGGACACUUUUACGACUCGGACAAGAAGGAGUUUACCCGCUACUACAACCCCACUUGGUGGAACACUGACCAGGACCCCACCCCUCCUACCAACCCCGCCGACCUCACCGCUAUCCGCGAGACCCUCGAGAUGGCCGUGCGCAAGCGUCUCAUGUCCGAGGUUCCUUACGGUGUCCUCCUCUCGGGUGGUCUCGACUCGUCGCUCAUUGCCUCGAUCGCUGCCCGUGAGACCGACAAGCUCGCCGAGGAGCAGGAGCGCCGCCGCAAGGCUCACCGCGAGGCCCAGGCCAAGGGCGAGACCAUCACCGACGACGCUCCCCUCGCUUCGUGGCCCCAGCUCCACUCGUUCGCCGUCGGUCUCGAGGGCGCCCCCGACCUGAUCGCCGCCCGCAAGGCCGCUGACAUGCUCGGUACGGUCCACCACGAGUACCACUUUACCGUCCAGGAGGGUCUUGACGCCAUCGACGAGGUCAUCUACCACCUCGAGACCUUUGACGUCACCACUGUCCGUGCCUCGACCCCCAUGUACCUGCUCUCGCGCAAGAUCAAGGCCAUGGGUGUCAAGAUGGUCCUCUCGGGCGAGGGUUCCGACGAGAUCUUUGGUGGCUACCUCUACUUCCACGCCGCCCCCAACCCCAAGGACUUCCACGACGAGUGUGUCAAGCGUGUCAAGAACCUCCACACCGCCGACUGCCUCCGCGCCAACAAGUCGACCAUGGCUUGGGGUCUCGAGGCCCGUGUCCCCUUCCUGGACAAGAAGUUCCUCGAGGUCGCCAUGAACACUGACCCCGCUUCCAAGAUGUUCUCCAAGGGUUCCGAGCAGAAGACCGACGCCGACGGCCGCCCCAUCAUGGAGAAGUACAUUCUCCGCAAGGCGUUCGACUGCUCGCCCGACGGCAAGGCAUACCUCCCGGACUCUAUCCUCUGGCGCCAGAAGGAGCAGUUCUCGGACGGUGUCGGCUACUCGUGGAUUGACGGCAUGAAGGAGCACUCGGCCAAGAUCGUCUCGGACGAGGACUUUGCCAAGCGCGCCGAGCGCUGGCCCGAGAGCACUCCCGACACCAAGGAGGCUUACUGGAUCCGUGACCUCUUCGAGGGCCACUUCCCUACCGACGCCGCCGCCAAGACUGCUGUUCGCUGGGUUCCGAAGCAAGAAUGGGGAGUUAGUGCGGACCCUUCGGGCCGUGCGGUCGCUAUCCAUACUGCUGCGUACGAAGAGAAGGCGUAA